AUGAGUUCCGCUCCCUACCGCACUGUUGCCACCCCCAACGCCCCCGGCGCGAUCGGCCCCUACUCGCAGGGCGUCGUGCACAACGGCACGGCCUACCUUUCGGGCUGCAUCCCGCUGGACCCCAAGACGAUGCAGAUCGUCGAGGGCGGCGUGGAGGCGCAGGCCGAGCAGGUGCUCAAGAACCUCAUGGCCGUGCUCGAGGCCGCGGGCUCGGACAAGAGCCAUGUGCUCAAGGUCACCGUCUUUAUGAAGGACAUGAAUGACUUUGCCAAGGUCAACACUAUCUACGAAAAGGCAUUUGCUCCGUACAAGCCCGCACGCUCGGCUGUCGAGGUCGCGCGCCUGCCGAAGGACGUGCUCGUCGAGAUCGAGUGCAUCGCCGCCGAGAAGAAGUGA